UCGACGCCUUGAAAGAUGAUGACAGUGGGGACCACGAUCAGAAUGAAGAAAACAGCACACAGAAAGAGGGUGAGAAGGAAAAAACAGAGCGAGACAAGAGCCAGAGCUGUGGAGCAGUUCUGGAGGUUUUAUAGCCACAUGGUACGUCCCGGGGACCUGACAGGCCACAGUGACUUCCAUCUCUUCAAAGAAGGAAUUAAACCCAUGUGGGAGGAUGAUGCAAAUAAAAAAGGUGGCAAGUGGAUUAUCCGGCUGUGGAAGGGCUUGGCCUCUCUUUGCUGGGAGAAUCUCAUCCUGGCCAUGUUGGGGGAACAGUUCAUGGUUGGGGAGGAGAUCUGUGGGGCUGUGGUUUCUGUCCGCUUUCAAGAGGACAUUAUUUCCAUAUGGAAUAAGACAGCCAGCGACCAAGCAACCACAGCCCAAAUCUGGGAUAUGCUUCCGCACGUGCUUACCCUACCUCCCAACACCAUUAUGGAAUUCGAAACUCACACCGACAGCAUCAAGGACAAUUCAAGCUUUCGAAAUACAAAAAUCACAUUGUGAAAGUACGCAAGCUGGCAAUAAUCCUUUUCUGUAUGUGUGUGUUUG